ACAUUUCAAGCAUGUUAAAAUCAGAGAGAAAUGAAGCUUUAGUCUCCUCCUCCUGCAUUACGUCUUUAUUUGAACAAGUAUCGUGUUACUGUUCAUUUCUUAAAUGGUCUCGGUAGCUUAUUUAUGCCUGAUCCAGAUAAAUUUUUAGCAUAUUUGUUGUGGAGAGCUUGUCAGAAUGGCUGGCAGCGAAGAGACCCUUAAGAAAAAAUUGCAAGAUGAAAAUGAAAUUGCAGAAAGCCACGAAACCAGGUUCCGGAAAAGACUUCUACUUGCUGGAAUUGUGAAUGUUCGAAAUAUCAUUUUGAACACGUUGCAGCCGAAAGGAAUAAAUAUACUAAGAAGAACACUGACAGAUCAACAGAACAUCUCAAAAGAAUCACUGACUUAUUCUGAGAAGAUCCAAGAUAAAGGCAAAGAACCCCCAGAACCUUUAUGGACUACAUUUGCUGAUAGUGUGGUCAAGCUCAGAAUAGAUCACUCAUGUUCACAAACUCCAAUAACAGUUCAUCAGAUGUUCAAAGAGACUGUGGAUAAAUAUGGGCCUCUCAAUGCUAUGGCCAGCAAAAAGAAUGGAGAAUGGGCAAAAAUCACAUUUGCAGAGUAUUACAAUCUUUCCUUGAAAGCAGCCAAAAGUUUUUUGAAGCUUGGUCUUGAACGAUUCCACAGCGUAGCAAUACUUGGAUUUAACUCUCCAGAAUGGUUCAUUUCAGCUGUUGGGGCUAUUUUUGCUGGAGGAAUUGUCACAGGCAUCUAUACAACCAGCUCUCCCGAGGCCUGCCACUACAUUGCUUAUGACUGCAAAGCCAAUAUCAUUGUGGUAGAAAAUCAAAAACAAUUGGACAAGAUAAUGCAGAUCUGGAGUCAUCUACCCUGCUUGAAAGCAGUUGUGCUAUACAAUGACUCUUUGCCAGAGAGACAUCCCAAUUUAUAUACGAUGCAAGAAUUUAUGGAGUUGGGAAAUGAGAUACCAGAUGCUACACUCGAUGACAUUAUUAGCUCUCAAAAGCCAAACCAAUGCUGUGUGCUAGUAUACACUUCUGGAACAACUGGGAAGCCAAAAGGAGCCAUGCUGAGUCAUGACAAUAUAUACCUGGAUGUGCAACACAUGCAGCAGAGCGCGGGUAUUGCAACCAGCAGAAACCUAACCAGGAUUAUAAGUUCAGGCAGCUUGGUCAAUACACUGAAAGAAGCACAGCCAACAUCUCAUAUGGGAGUUCCACGAGUAUGGGAGAAAAUCAUGGAGAAAUUAAAGGACACGUUUGCUCAGUCGGGAUUUAUGAAAAAGAAAGUGCUAUCAUGGGCCAUGUCCAUUAGCUUAGAGAGGAACCUAAGCUGCUCAGGAAGCAGUGACUUGAAGCCCUUUCAAACAAGAUUAGCAGACUACUUAGUACUUGCAAAAAUCCGCAGUGCUCUGGGAUUUUCCAACUGUCAGAAGCAUUUCUCUGGUGCUGCUCCUCUCACUACAGAAACUCUGGAUUUCUUCUUGAGUCUGAACAUCCCCUUGUACCAGGCGUAUGGGAUGAGCGAGACCACAGGCCCGCACUGCAUGUCUGGGCCAUAUGUUUACAGACAUUGCAGCUGUGGCAAAGCAGUUCCUGGCUGCAAAGUAAAACUGGUGAAUGAGGAUGCAGAUGGCAAUGGAGAAAUUUGUUUCUGGGGAAGAAAUGUUUUCAUGGGUUAUUUAAAUAUGGAGGAUAAAACAAAAGAAGCCAUUGAUGAUGAUGGGUGGUUGCAUUCUGGAGACUUGGGAAGAUUAGACAAGGACGGCUUCCUCUAUGUUACUGGAAGAAUUAAAGAGUUAAUUAUUACAGCUGGAGGUGAAAAUGUGCCUCCAAUCCCAAUUGAAGAUGAGGUCAAAAAGGAACUGCCCAUUAUUAGCAAUGCUAUGUUGAUUGGAGAUCAAAAGAAGUUCUUAUCAAUAUUACUGACCUUAAAGAGUACGCUGGAUCCAGAUACGUCCGAUCCUACUGACAAUCUGACUGAGCAAGCCAGAGAAUUCUGCCAGAAAAUUGGCAGCAAAGCCACUACAGUGUCAGAGAUUGUGGCAACCAGAGAUCAGGCUGUUUACCAGGCCAUUCAAGAAGGAAUCAACAGAGUCAACAUGAAGUCCACUGCCAGUGUUCAGCAUAUUCAGAAAUGGACAGUCCUGGAAAGAGAUUUCUCCAUUUCUGGUGGAGAAUUUGGUCCUACCAUGAAAUUAAAACGACCAGCUGUGCUUGAAAAAUACAAAGAUGAAAUUAAUUCAUUUUACAAAGAAUAAAACUAGACUUCAUGCCAAGUAUUGUCUGCAAGUUUCCCAAGAAGCAAAACAAAUUCACCAACUCUGUGUUGCAGGAAACAGCUCCCAACAAAUGCAUUUGAGGAUUUACUUUUCUAGGCUAGCACUCCUACCGUUUGUUUUGCACCCUAUGCAACAGGCAUUAGAAGAGAAACAUCCAUAUAAAGAUCUAGUUGUAAUUCUGCCUGCAAAGUAAUAAAAUUUCUUGAUACAGAUAAGUAUUCCUACAGCCCUGUCAUUGUGAAUAUUUUACUUUGGGUCUUAAAUGAGUUAAACUUAAUGACAUAUUCAUGUGGAUAUAACUGUUUAUGGUAAAGAUGUAGCUCACAUUCUUAUAGGUUGGGUAAAAGAAUAAGAGAAGACUAAUCAACACCCUAAUUGAUAUUUCCUUACAGUUUUUAUAGUUCUGUAAUAGGCUAAACUGAUUAUAGUUUAAACAUUUGGUAGAUGUAACUAAUCAACUGGCACUGCUUAAUGAAACUGCUACAUCCUCAUAGUAUCAAUGGCCAUUGAGCCCUAACUGAAAUUAAAAGAUCAACCGUUCUAGAAUGUUUUCAGUGAGGAGCAUCUAAAUAGUCUUGUACCAAAAGAAAUGCUACACAUUGUGGCUUUAUUAAUUCCUCUUUCCAGCCUUGUAGUUUGUCAAGUGGGUUCUGAAUUGACCAUCCAAAAAAAAAAAAAAAAAAAUUGAAGAUUUUUUCAAUCUUUGGUUCAUGCUGAAAGACACUUUUGUUUAGCAUUUCCCAGAGUCAAGUGAUGACAGUUGGUGGGCAUGAUCAGAAAUAACAGCCCAGGAUCAAAACCAAGACCAGGGCAAAGAUUGUCUCACUCAACGCAGGGGACCUGAAUCAGAGUGGAUAAAAGUAAUGAUU